AUGCUAGACCUCCUCCUCUCAAUCCCUAUGAUCUCCUACCUCCUUAUCCCAGCCAUGUCCUCCUACCCCACAAGUCUCAACAUCAUCUUUUUCUACAUCACCUGGAUCACGCUAGUCAUGUCAAGUCCCCCGUUAAAGGUUGAAAUCGUAGGAACGCUCGCCAUCCGCGUACUGCUCUACCUGGUUCCGUCCGUGCUAUUUUUCCUCUUUGAUGUGCUGCUUCCGUCCGCUGCGGUGGUGAUAAAAGCGCAAGGUGCUGCGGGCCUUCCGGUGAACAACAAGGGGAAGAGGUGCUGGAAACGAGCGCUGAAGGUUGUGGCUUGGGCGGUGUUUAAUUUGUUCUUGGGUAUUUUGCUGCAGGGACUUGUGGAAGUGUUGUUGACGAAAGUUCUCCGGAUGAAGAGUUCGAUAAGGGUGGUGGCGAGGUUACCUCUGCCGUGGGAUGUCGUGAAGGAUCUGAUGUUGGGGUUUGCGGGGAGAGAGAUAUUCACAUCUCAUAACUUCGAUAAUUUAAUGUGA